GGCGAUCACGAAGAAAAUGUGGUGAAGAGGGAUGCACCAUUCGACAAGACUGACGAUGAUGAAGAGGCAAGAAGCGAGAGCGGACGAACAACUACCUCCAGUUCUUCAACACUCGUCCUAGCGCCGCGGAUAGCGCUUGGCCUGGUAUGGGUAUUAGGCGGAAUGAACACUCUGUCUC